AUGAGUUCAGUGUGGCUUGAUGUUCAUUACAAAGACCAGGGGUUUGAUGUGAGGAUUGAGGAUACUGACAGAACAAGUCUAAUGGACUUGUUUGAGUACAUGUUUGAGGAUUCAGAAAGGCAAAAUGUGAUCCUUCCCAAAUACUUUAGUUUGUAUGUAAUGCCUCCUAGGACUAAUAGGAAGUUAGAGUUAACUGGGGAUACUCAAAUGCUGCAAAUGUGGGAUUGGUAUGAAGGUAGGGAAACAAUACAAGUGUUCUUAGAGGAGAAGAGUGGACCUAGUGUGGUGUUUAAGGAUGAUGUAGCUAGUUGGGAAAAUAGGCUUAAGGCAAAGGCUGAGAAGGAGAGAAUAGAACUGGAAAAGGCCAAGAGGGUGGUUGAAGAGCAGGAAGCUGAGAGGGAGCUUAUGGAACAGCAACAGUAUCAAGUUGCAGUUGAGGUUCCUGUUGUAAAUGCAGAGGAGAUAAAUGAUGUUGAAUAUGUUAGAGUUUUUGCCACCCCAGAAGCUGAUGUGGUAUUUCCUGGGGCAUCACAGCCUCAACCUGAACAAAGUACACAACCACCAACUCCACCAAAAAACUCUCAACCAGCCUCUCCUUUUAACCAGCCCAAGAAGCCAUCAGCUAGGAAAAAAAGCACUCCUAGGAAAAAGAAAACCACUCCCAAAAAAAGAUCCCAACCCCCUCCUCAACCACAACCCUCCCCACCAGUCCCUGAACCACAACCCUCCCCACCAGUCCCACCUGUCCCUGAACCACAACCCUCCCCACCAGUCCCUGAAUCACAACCCUCCCCACCAGUCCCUGAAUCACAAUCCUCCCCACCAGUCCCUGAACCACAACCCUCCCCUGAUCCUUCCCAUGUACCUGUCAGUGAAGAAACAGAAGUCCCACCUCCACCUCCACCAUCUGCUCCAGCAAAAAAGGGGAGAUCAAGACCUGAGGGAUUUAGGUCAAAAAAGACUGCUUCUAGCAAGGGUAAGGGGGUUGGUGUCAGUCUGAGGAGAUCAGCAAGGAACAUGGCUACAAAUGUUCCUGUCAGUGAAGAAAACUCUGAAGAAAACUCUGAUGAGUUUGGAAGUGACAGUGAGGAUGAUGAUUAUAUACUUUCUAGCAGUGAGGAAGAUGAUGAUGAGGCAGAUCUCUGUGAUUUCAUAGAGGAUGAAAGAGACACAGAUGACCUUCAUGAUGAUGUUCCAGAGAAGCAGUUUCAGGAUUUUUUGGAUGGCAGUUCAGCAAUGGAUAAAACAUAUAAAAAUGGCAAAAUUUGGACCAAUCAGGAGUUUGGAUCCAUCACUUUAGAGCCAUGUGUCACGUGCUGA